AUAAACCGUAACCAGCCUAUUUAUUUUCUGUCAAUCGACGCCCCGUUAAGAAACAGCUCGUUCGCGAUGGACAGCAAGGGAAGGCAUGUAAUUGUUUGUGACAACGGCACUGGGUUUGUAAAAUGUGGCUAUGCCGGCAGCAAUUUUCCUGCGCACAUUUUCCCAUCGAUGGUAGGGCGACCCAUCAUCCGAGCGGUGAACAAAAUCGGUGAUAUCGAAGUGAAGGAUUUACACGUUGAUGAUCUGAUGGUGGGCGAUGAAGCCUCGCAGCUGCGCUCUCUGCUCGAGGUGUCCUAUCCCAUGGAGAACGGCGUGGUACGCAACUGGGAGGACAUGUGCCACGUUUGGGACUACACGUUCGGUCCGAAGAAGAUGAACAUCGAGCCCACGAACACGAAGAUCCUGCUGACGGAGCCACCCAUGAAUCCGACCAAAAACCGCGAGAAGAUGAUCGAGGUGAUGUUCGAAAAGUACGGCUUCGAUUCGGCGUACAUCGCCAUCCAGGCGGUUUUGACGCUAUAUGCGCAGGGUCUGAUCAGCGGUGUUGUGAUCGAUUCGGGUGACGGUGUUACGCACAUCUGUCCGGUGUAUGAGGAGUUUGCGCUACCGCAUCUAACGCGACGGCUCGAUAUCGCUGGUCGGGACAUAACGCGUUACCUGAUCGAACUGCUGCUGCUGCGUGGUUACGCCUUCAAUCAUUCGGCCGACUUCGAGACCGUGCGCAUGAUGAAGGAGAAGCUGUGCUACAUCGGCUAUGACAUCGAGAUGGAACAGCGGCUAGCCCUUGAGACCACGGUGCUGGCUGAAUCGUACAUGCUGCCGGACGGACGCAUGAUCAAGGUAGGCGGUGAGCGAUUCAAGGCACCCGAGGCACUGUUCCAGCCUCACUUGAUCAACGUGGAAGGCCAAGGUAUAGCGGAGCUAGUCUUCUCCACCAUCCAGGCGGCCGAUAUCGACAUGCGAUCGGAGCUGUACAAGCACAUUGUGCUGUCGGGUGGUUCCACCAUGUACCCGGGCCUGCCAUCGCGGCUCGAGCGUGAAAUUAAGCAGCUUUAUUUAGAACGUGUGCUCAAGAAUGACAUCGACAAACUGUCCAAGUUCAAAAUUCGCAUUGAAGAUCCACCGCGGCGAAAAGAUAUGGUUUUCAUAGGUGGUGCCGUGCUGGCCGAGGUGACGAAGGAUCGCGACGCAUUCUGGAUGUCCAAGAGCGAAUAUCAGGACCAGGGGCUGAACGUCCUCAAGAAGCUCAGCACGCGAACAAACUACUAAGCACAAGGGGAGAAGUGCUCAAGUCCCUCGCCUACUAUUCCCGCAAAAAAAAAUGAAGCACGGAAGUCAAAAGGCUAUAUUUGAACCAAAAUGUUGGAGAAAAAAAAACAACUCGUGAGAAAAUCCAUCUGCAACAACCACUGAGCGUUAGGAUGGUACGCUUAUGCAGUAACGGAGGAAAAAGGCGCGUUGUAGCAGAAAGGGGUUAGGUGUUGACUACUGCCCUGUAACGUAUAGUCGCUCGCUGGUACUGUGCCGACUAGUUCGCAUUUCUCUCCCGUUUGGCAUUAAUUCCAAUUAGUUUAAUCAUGUAUUCAAUAUCCGAGAACAGUUCAAAUUGGGUUGGUGCCCGCAUUCUAGCUCAUUAGUAAACUGGCAACAGCAUCCAGCAAUGAAGUCGUCUUUAUUAUAUUGCAUUUAGCAAAACAUAGGUUGUUAUUUCCAUUUUGUUUAAUUUAUGUUACCUUAUCAGAAUUCAAGGCUUUCUUCACAAUACUCAAUUGGGCUCGUUCCGUGGCUGAACAGUAAAAUGCAGAAGCAUAGGUGUGUAUU